AUGGCCACAUAUAAAAAAAUAUGUCAAGAUUCACUGAAUGAAAAAGAAAAAUGCUUCGGUCUUGAGAGAAUACUGGGGAAAAUAUUUGACGAUUUAAUAUCAGAAUUUAAAAUUAAAUUUAUAAGAAAAAUAUCAGUACUUAUAGAGGAAGUAAAAAGUAAUGAUUCAAUUUUAGAAAUUGAUAAAAGUGGACCUGAUUUGAAGCGUGGAAAAUAUGAACACAGGCAAAAGGAAGAAAGUUUGUAUAAUGAUAAUACAUUGGGGGUUUACUUAAAAAGUUUCACAGAUGAUAAUAAAAAAAUUUUAUUUCAAAAAAUAAAAAAACAGAUUGAUGAUUAUGAAAUAAGUGAUGUCACCACCAACACUCUCACCUCAUGUGAACGACAAAUGCACGGUGCCUAUAAUAAAAUAAACCAUCAAAAUGAUAACAAUGUAAAUAAUUAUCAUUCGAACUUGUCAUACAAAAAGAAUAUCACCGUAGGUAGUACUUCACGAAAUGAUCUUUCCAAUACAGUAUAUAAAGCUGUAAAUCGAAAGCCCGACAAACAUCGGAGGCGAGAAGGUCCCUUUAGGUGUGGUCAGAGAAGACAACUAACUGCUGAAGACGAAUCAAAGGAACUCACGCAAUUUGGAAAAUCUGAUCUAUCAGAAAAGAUCAACAUGUUGGACAGGACAUGCAAAUCGGACAGGUCACGCAAAUCGGACAGGUCAUGCAAAUCAGGCAGGUCACACAAAUCUGAUGCAUCACAAAAAUCGGAUGCAUCACAAAAAUCGGAUGGGUCACAAAAAUCGGAUGGGUCACACAAAUCGGACAGGUCACGCAAAUCGGACAGGUCACGCAAAUCGGACAGGUCACGCAAAUCUGAUGCAUCACAAAAAUCGCAUAAAAUGAACAAUCCUGCGGGAGAAACUAAUAAGAGCGAAAAAGAUGCAUAUCAAAACAUUAUCAGUAGGUAUACUGUUAAACGACUGUUUUCAAAUAGAAUCCACACGAACGAAAUGGAUGACACUCAUUGUAGAAAUGAUGAAAGAAGAGAUAUUUUUCAAAGCACACAUAUUGACAAAUCAAGAAAGUACAUGUCAGAAGCUCCUAGUACUAGGGAUAAUACCUAUGAAGAGAGGAAUGACAUUCAAAAGGAUAAUGGUCCUAAGGAUCAGGUAGAUAAAGAGCCAAGUAGAAAGAGAGAAAAAAAAGAAAUUCAAACAUACAAAGGGACUGAUAUAAAUAACAACAUCUUAGCAAAGUAUAAUAAAUAUUAUCUACGUGCUUUAAAAGAUAAAACAAAAUUCGAGGAUACAACUUGCAAGAUUGUGAAGAGAGAUUUUGAUGAGCGCUCGAAGAAGAGCAUCAAGUCGAAGGCAGAUUCAUUAGACUCAGAAAAUCAUCCUAUGAAUUUUCUAAUUGCAUCAGAGUUAAAUGAACAGAAGAAAAGCAGGGAAAUUAAGGAAUCAAAAGGGGUAGGGGAGUUAAGGGGGGUAAGGGGAUCAAAUGGGGUUAGGGAGUCGAAAGAGUUAAAGGAGCUGAAAGAGUUAAAGGAGCUAAGAGAAUUAACGGAGCUGAGAGAAUUAACGGAGCUGAGAGAAUUAACGGAGCUGAGAGAAUUAAAGGAAUCUACAGAAUCGAAGGAGUUGCACCUGAACAAUCACAAUAAACUGGAGGUCAUGUCAAACAAGCAAGACAUAUCGAAUGUUAAAAAGAAUAAGAAACCAUUGUUUUUUGAAGUCAUCAGAGGGGAAAGGAGAAAGCAUCUCAAGGGUUUCGAAUGCAAUGAUUGCAAAUCGUUUUAUAAGGAACUGUGUUAUGAUGACUAUGAAAUGGGUGAGAGGCAUGAAAAGACUGCUGAGUGCAUACAGCAGAGGAGAUAUAAAAUUGGUGCACAUGAUGGAUGUUUAAAAGAAAAUGGAGAAUUAAGUACAUCCAAUACCGAUGUACAUAAAAAAUAUCGAAAGGAAAUUUUAAUUAAAAAUGAUCAUCGAGGUAUGAAACUUGAAGAGAGUACAACCAUUAGUCCCAUCAAUGAAUAUGCAAAUGGACAAAACAUAAAUAGCAUUCAUCCCCAUACUGAUAAGUCAAUUUCCAAGUUGAAGUUUCUCAAUAGUUCUGUCAAUUUGAAGAACAGUGAUCAGAAAAUUCAAGUCGACCAUAGUAGUAAUAAAUACUCGGAAAUGGGUAUUGACAAUUUUAUAACAAAAUUUGAAACAAGUGUGGAAGAAAAAAAUGACAAUUCAGCUAAGGCAGGAGAAAUACAAGAGGAGCAGUUUUACGAAAUUGAAGAUGAAAUGUACGAGGAAAAGGAGGAAGACAAGAGAAAAGAAAACAAAAAAAAAAAAUUUAUUCAGUCCUAUUCUCGCCAUAGGUAUCAUAGCAAAAUUAAUGAUUCACCUAAAAAUUUCUGGAGCUUUGAUUUUUUUAAAUAA